ACGGGUGGACAACUCCUUAUUUGGACCUAUUGGUAACAAUAUCUGUGCAGGGUUCAUCUUGUUUCCCGAUGGAUCCUCGUCGUAUCGGCCUGCCACGCUCGGGCCCUUCUUCUUAUGCCUCGUGAGGUCCUCGUCUCCACUGCUCCUUGUUUUCCAAAUCUUAGAAACACCGAGUUUGGCUAUCCUUCCGUUUGAUGUAGAAAUGGCAGUUGUUAGUUUUGAAAUUGGUAGAAAUUCAGCUUUUGCUUUGCACUGUUAUGGAAAUUCGUUUUCUUCCGGGCUUACGAUAUCUGGGAGACCCUUUCUCGGUACAUCUUUAAACGCGAGAAAUGCAGGGAAAGGUCAUGUUUUUCAUGCUCAAAAGCUCAAUUAUGGACCAGUUUGUGCUUCGCUGAAGAGUGGCUUGAACUCUGGGUUGAUUAAUGAUGGUCUACUUUCAAGUGAAUUUGAGUUUAAGCCAUCAUUCGAUGAUUAUUUGAAGGAAAUGGAGUCUGCCAGAACUUCCUCCAGAAAUGUUAGGGUAAAGGAGCAUGCUACUGGUGCUGAAGAACAGAAGAGGGAAAAGGUUAUGUCGAGGAAACCAAGGUUGGAUGGAGUUGAAAAAGGUGCAAAAUUUGGAAAGCUUGUAGGGCGCAUGAACAAAAAGAAUGAGUUAGGAAUUGCUGAAAAAAAUGGGCCAUUACAAGUAGUUGAAACAGUCAUGGGCAAAGAAAGCUCCUCCGUAGGUCAUAUUGAGCUCAGAGGACGAAGGUUUAAACGAUUUGACCUUGAGUAUGACGGGAACAAAAGCAAGCUUGAUAUUACUGUGAAGCAGAAAAAGGAGGCAGAGGUAAUGGAAAACAGGUGGUUGGAAUACGGAAUAAAUAAAUCAAAACCAGAUUCUGACAGUAAUUUGAUUAAAAGGGAACGAAGAAAGACAGGCCAUAGCAAAGGUUCACUCAAUUGGAAUAGUAACUGUGGGAACACCAUAGAGGGGGAAGUCGGCCAUAAAUUACAUACGUUAAAGACAGCAGGAGGAACGGACGUUACAACCAGUCAAAUAUGCUGCAACCCAAAAGGGAAAAUGCCAGUCAUAAACAAAACUGUUGUUAGCAGCAAUGUUCUGCACAAUGGACGCGAGAAAAGCUACACAAAAAAUGAGAACGUGGGGAAAGAAAAUGGACCGAAAAAUCUCGACUUGAAUGGAAAGAAAAGUCGUGAUUAUGACAACUUGGAGGUGGAAAGAGUAGCAUUUAAGACUUUUGAAGAGUUCAAUGGUGUUGUCAACAAGCCACAAGUUUCACACAAGGAAAUGGAGGAUAGAAUCAUGAGGCUGGCAAAUUUGUUGAAUGGUGCUGAUAUAAAUAUUCCUGAAUGGAUCUUUUCUAAGAUGAUGAGAAGUGCAAAGAUAAAAUUUAAUGAUUAUUCUAUUGUGAGGGUUAUCCAAAGAUUGGGAAAACUAGGAAACUGGCAGCGGGUGAUACAGAUCAUUGAAUGGCUUCAAAGGCGUGAACGUUUCAAAUCCCAUAAGCUAGGCCACAUAUACACUGCUGCUCUUGAUGCACUUGGAAAGGCAAGGAGACCCAUAGAGGCGCUAAAUGUAUUUCAUGCCAUGCUGCAACAAAUGUCCACAUAUCCUGAUUUGGUGGCUUACCAUAGUAUUGCUGUCACUCUUGGACAAGCAGGGCACAUGAAGGAACUCUUUGAUGUGAUUGAUAUCAUGCGGUUGCCACCUAAGAAGAAGUUCAAAGUAGGAGCACUUGGUAACUGGGACCCUAGGCUGGAACCUGAUGUCAUAGUUUAUAAUGCCGUAAGUUAUAGUUAG